UCAACAAAUGUGCUUGUCUUAGUAUUUUUUUAUGUUUCAAUAAAAAUUAAUAUACUUAUUUUGAAUUUCAUGGAAAUAUUAUUACCAGAGCGAUGGAUUUCGGCUUAUUUGAACCUUGUAAAUUGGACAACUUAUCUGAAGCGCGUCCAGAAGAUGCGUGGGAGUACAAGCCUUGUCAGAAGAAGUUUGUUAUGAGACCCGAAGACGAAAUAAGUAUAGACAGUAUAAUUUCUGCCUUGCUGUCAAUGGUCGAACCUAUUGAAGAGCAGUUUAAGGAAUGCCAAUGGGAUAUUACAGCUAAGGAAAUUUACAAUGAAAAGCAAUCCUUGCUCUUCGAAGAAAAGCUGUAUAUCUCGCAACUUAAGACUGGCUCAUGUAAGCUAAAUGAAGACAGCAAAAUAUUUUUGGAGAAUGAGCUGAAUGAAAUCGGUUAUAUGAAACUCAAUAUAGAGGAAAGUUAUGACGGUUACGUUGUAUUCAGCCGUAGUCAAAUGACAAAGGGAAACGGAAAAAGCAUGUGUGGUCAUUGUUUGCGAGGAAAAUAUGAUGAUAAAUUCCUGUUGAUUGUUGAGAAACGCACUGAAUUCGAUUACAUAGAUAAAGCCAGAAUC